AUGCGGACGGAGGAGGAGAGGGCCUCUGCACAAGAGCCCAUUUUGGAGGAAGGGUCAGGACGAGAGCAGCAACGUCCGGUCCAGCAGUCUGUGGCGACGUCCCUGUGCCGGGAGUGCCACUGGAAGUGCCUCCUUCUGACCCUCCUCAUGUACGGCUGCUUCGCCACGCUCAUCUGGUGCGCCAUGUGCCGCGUGCCAGUGCUCAGCUCCUCGCCAGUGCGCGUGGUGGCCGCCGACGGCAACUCUACCUCGGCCGCCUACUACAGCGAUGUCCAACGCUUGGAGAGCCCGUGCUCCAGCGGCUACCUCUACAUCCCGCUGGCCUUCCUGGCGAUGCUUUAUGUGGUCUACCUGGUGGAGUGUUGGCACUGCUUCUCCAAGACGGCGGUGUUGGCUCACGCUGAAUUCCAGGAUGUGUACGAACGUGUGCAGCGGCUCCAGCAGGCCACACCCUGCAUUUGGUGGAAGGCCAUCAGCUACCACUACGUCAGGAGGACUAGGCAGGUGACAAGAUAUCGCAACGGAGACGCGUACACGACCACGCAGGUCUACCACGAGCGGGUCAACACUCACGCGUCCAGCUCAGAAUUUGACUACGCCCGCUACGGUGUCAAAGAUGUGUCCAAGGAGCUGCUGGACCUCCAGUUGCAUUCGGCAGUCCGUCUCCGCUUCACCAAGUGCUUCAGCUUCUCCAGCGCACGUGCUGAGGCUGCGUAUCUCACCCAGCGAGCGCGAUUCUUCGGCGAGAACGAGGGCCUGGAUGACUACAUGGAAGCCAGGGAGGGCAUGCACCUGAAGAACGUGGAUUUCCGCGAACACAUCCUGGCCUUCCCGGACCCCGCUCACCAGCCGUGGUUCUCUAGGUACAGAGUGUUCUGGCUGGCUUCCGCUUUCCUGCUGUCGUGGCCGCUGCGGGUGGUGUCCGAGUACCGCACGGCCUACGUGCACUACCAUGUGGAGAAGCUGUUUGGGGAGGACGAGGAUCUCGGCGGAGGGGGUGGCGGCGGACCGGGAGGGGGCGGCAGAGGCGAAGGAGAGAUUGAAAACGGCGGGGUGGGGAUCGCUAUGAACGGGUCCAGCUAUAGAUCCAUCUCACGGGUCAACACGGUGGACAUGACGGAACUGGAGUGGCACAUUCGCUGUAACCAACAGUUGGUUCCCAGCUACUCUGAGGCCAUUCUCAUGGACUUGGACACUAGCGGAGGGACAAACCCCGCCGCUUACACGCCCGUGUCCGGGCCCCCGGGGACGGUCCCCAACCUGGAGGGGAACCGCCCACCCUUGGCGCUUCCCGCCGUGUUCAACUCAACGUACCUCCUCCAGAGCUGCCCCAGAUGUCGACGGACCACGUCCAGCUCCAGUCUUCCCUCCCGACUGAGGGCGCCCAUGGGAACCACGGCCCUGCUCAACGCCACGGUUGCGGGCUUGAGGGCGGCCGGGAACAGCGGAGGGGCGAUCGGCGGCCGGCUAGUGCUCAGUCGUAGCGGCUUCUCCUUAGGGAGGCUGGGCGGCGGGCGACGGAACAGCCUGCUGCAUUCCCGCAGCGUGGGGGGAGGCCUGGCGGGAAGUCGGGAGGAUGGAGCUGGAGGAGGGAGCGCGGGCGGGUUCUUGGGUUUGGGAUCCAGGCAGGAAGACGAAGAGACCCGAGGCGUGUUGGAGGGAGACGGGGAUGAGGACGAGGAGGUGGAGGGUGCGAGAGGGGACAAUGGAGACAGAGAGGGGGACGAGGAGACGGAGCCGGGCGGUAGCGCGGGCACGGGUGAGAGGGAUCGUCCGCCUUCUUAUCAGGAUGCCUUCUUCUUCCCCGUGCUUAUCAUCCACGGAGACGAGAGCUGCCAUGCCGGCGACCGUCUCUGA